GCUUGGUCUGUGACAGGUAACGCUCGAGGCUGGAAGUGACGUAGAGGCGGCGCCGGUCGACCGGUUUCAAAAUAACGAAAAAGGAAAAGGGCCCGAAGCAAAAGUUUGGGCACCCUGCAUGCUCUGACCUAGAACUCUGCUGGCCCGGUGCCAUGGCUCUAGCUGGGCUGGUUAAAGGGUUGGCAGGCCUGUCUGUGUCCCUGGUACCCCGGCUUACCGCCCAGCUGACAGUGGGAUGGUUGCGAUCCCCAGGACUGUUCCUGCAGGAGGUGCCUCUUGCCUCUCUCCCAUCACAGCGAGGGAUUCACUGCUCUAGCGCCUUGAACAACAAUAGGCGUGACUGGAAACAGCGCAGCAAGUACACAGUGCGUCCCAUCGGCAUGAAGAAGACUGGGGGCCGGGACCACACCGGGAAGGUACGAGUUCACGGGAUUGGCGGGGGGCACAAGCAGCGCUACCGAAUGAUUGAUUUCCAGCGACUGCGCUACCAGCCUGGGGCCGAGGGGCAGUCCUUUGAGGAGAAGGUGCUGGAGGUCCGCUAUGACCCCUGCAGGUCAGCAGAUAUUGCCCUGCUGGCCGGAGGGACCCGUAAGAGGUGGAUCAUCGCCACAGAGAACAUGCAGCCUGGAGACCUGCUGAAGACUUCAGGCCACAUCGGGAGGAUGGCUGUGUCGGCCCGUGAGGGAGAUGCCCAUCCACUUGGAGCCCUACCUGUGGGGACAUUGCUAAACAACCUGGAGCUGAAGCCGGGACGGGGUGCCCAGUAUAUCCGGGCUGCAGGGACCUGUGGACUCUUGCUGAGGAAGGUUAACGGAACGGCCAUAGUCCAGCUGCCCUCCAAGCGCCACGUUCAGGUACUGGAGACCUGUGUGGCCACGGUGGGUCGAGUCUCCAAUGUUGCCCAUAAUAAGCGGGUGAUUGGAAAGGCGGGCCGGAACCGCUGGCUGGGCAAGCGGCCAAGCAGUGGUCUGUGGCAGAGGAAGGGUGGUUGGGCAGGCAGGAAGAUCCGGCCCAUUCCUCCCAUGAAGAGCUACGUGCAGCUGCCAGUGCGGGGGUCUGCGGGCUGAGUGGGGGGG